CUUAUCACACCCUUAUCCGCUUUCCACUUCAAAGUUUUGAUUCAGAAGUUCUUCUUUCUUCUUCUUCCUUCAUGAAGUUUCUGUUCUGGGAACUGGGGGGAGGUUCAAAACAAACUUCAAACAUUGGUAAUUCCAACUUAUCAUGACUGAAAAUAUAAUUUAAACUGUACUAAUUUUUAUAAAAAUAUUUGAACACAAAAUUGUUUAUAAAAAGGUAGAAAAAUAAAAUGAUUAUAUCGAUGAUCAAAGUAAACUUUCUUGUCGGAAAAAACCAAGAAUGAUAAAUAUUUAUGUUCAAAAUUAGCACAUUAUAUACUUGUCACAUUUUCAAGAUGGAAGACGACGAACAUUUUUCUCGACAAAACACAAGUCCAGUGACAAUGCCGACAUACAACUGGAAAGAUAUCACCAACGAAUUCUUGGAGGCUUCAUCCUCUCUUAACCUGGGCGAACUGCUACAUGAUAACAGUUUUGGACUGUUUGAGGCAAUGUCUGCCAUUGAAAUGAUGGACCCAAAGAUGGAUGCUGGGAUGGUGUGCAAUCAAAACAAAUGUAAACUCCACACUUUGGAGCAAGGUGUAGAGAAUGGAAGUGUUAAGAUAGACAACUUCACAAUGGAAGAGCAGAUAGGCAUCAUAGACACAACCUUUGCUUGCCUAGUGACAUGGCUAGAAGGUCAUUCAUUGGCUCAGACAGUGUUCACUAAUGUCUUCCUUCACAACCCCUAUAUCGUUGAGGAUCGCUGUAUCAAAGUGUUCAGUAUCUGUAUGUUGAAGCUCGUUGAUAUCAUCAAAGACAGGAUUAAUAGAGCUGGAGUCUUUGAGGAGGAGGACUUUCAACCCAUGACAUAUGGAUUCAAGAUGGCUGCUGAUAUAACAGAUAUGAGAAUGUGCGGCAUGGUCAAAGAGGUUGAGGAAGAGUACUUAAAGUUGAUAAAGACCACAAGGAGCAAGGCCUCAGAUGAAAAAGACACAAGCAGAGAAAAUGAUCAUCGAUUAGCACAAGGGGUCCAUGCACGACUGAAGUUUUGUCGUCUUCUCUUUUCAAGCCUUGUAGCCUUUUCAAAAGAAAAAUGUCAGGGACUACCCGAGGCACAGAAAUGUUUGCAACAAAUGGGUGAACUGAUGUCGUGUAUGAAAGAUACAAUUCAAUUAGGGGAGAAAUCUUCACAAGUUGAAGGGAAGGAUGAAGAUUAUCCGACACUAAUGGGUUUUGAUCCUUUGAUCAAUCAACGCCUGCUUCCACCAACCUUUCCACGAUAUACCAAGAUUAAAACACGUAACGAGGCUGUUGAGUACCUGGGUGAGUUAACGGAAAUGUUGAAGCUCGUCUGCACAGUGACCAAUUAUAAGAGUCUACAUGAGAGCAUGGAGUUCCUAGCUGAAACAAGCAAGUUGUCUCCCUGUGUCCUGUCCAGAUCAAUUUUACAGUUGACAUAUGUACCGCAGAAUAGACGUUUGUUUGGUACUCAAGGUAUGGUAGAUGUCAUAAGGGAACAAAUACGAGCCUUCAUCAAUCCUCCAAUACUCAAUCCAAAGUGUGCAAUUUACAAUCAUCCCCAGGCCAAAGACUGCAUGGAUGCCUUUUUAAGAGACGCCGUUCGGCCCAUUGUUGAAAUCAUACAAAGCUGUGGCCAUAAUAGGGCACGUCAGAGAGAUAGGUGGGCUCAUUUAAUGGAAGAGCUGGCGAGAUUACAGGAUGAGGCAGAGAAAGUAGAUGCAUUUCUACAUUCUAUCAUGACUAAACAGGAGCCGAAUCGUCAACAUUUGCUGUGUAUAGGAACAUGGGUGCUAUUUCAUACAUUACAAGUUAUGAUCCGUUUUGCUCAGAGUGGAUUCGAACUUGAGUUGUAUGCUGUACAUGAAUACCACUAUGUCUUCUGGUAUCUAUUUGAGUGUCUCUACAACUGGUUACUCUCAACUUUGACAAGAGCAGAAAACAAUUUAUUGGAAAUGGAUACAAUUAUAGACCAGCAAAAAGGAGGCAAGAAACGCAGCAAGAAGAAACGUAAAACGAGACCAUACCAACGUGAGGUGCUGACAAACCAAGGACAUCAGAGCAUGUGUGGAGGCUAUUAUAAGGCAUUAGUAGGACUGAAGCUGGAUGACAAAUACAAAAAGCCAGAGUUUGAAUUUGGGGAUGAGGAAAUUCGCUACAAUCACAGGUUUGCACCAUUUGGAAACCUAGCAACACCACCUGCCAUACAGUAUUCUCAGUUUAAGGAUAUGACAGAUAUCACCCACUGUCAGGUGAAACCAACUAUAUCUGAUGUUUAUUCAUCUGCCUCCAAGUGUUUUCAACAGGCAAAGACAUGCUAUGAAAGCCUAACCAAUCCAAAUAAGGAGAUUCAGAAUCUAGUGAAAAUUGCCAAGAACAACUUUGUAGUGUUGAAGCUGCUAGCAGGAGGCCACAAGAAGGACUCAAAGGAGCCUCCAGACUUUGACUUCUCAUUACAUAAGACAUUUCCUCUGAUUAAGCUAUGAUGUCAUGUCCUAUGAUG